GCUGUGCUCGGCUGAACGGAAAGUGAAGCCAAGAAACUGCGGGUAGUUCGGUUCACAAUCACUGAGAACGUCAAUGGUGGAGUACGCGAGCUAGUCCAUUCAGGGAAAGGUCUGAGACAGACCCUUACUAGGUAGGGCUUUACAUGGAGAGCUGAAAUUUAAUAUGAGGUUAACGACCUUAAUGAUGUACAUAUCCCCGGCUUUGCUAUUUAUUUUGUAUAUUGGAUGUUCUGAUGCUGCACCUCGCGUCAACUCCUACGAUGCUUCGCCUAUCUCCAGGAAGCCUCGCUCAGCCUCCGAGAGCUUGGAACCGCUCUACACAACCUUGCCUAAUCGUUUACCUGAGGGCAGGUUUGUGCUCGGCCAACUAACUGGGCUCACGCCGUCCCCUACUAUUGGUUUCACCGGAGUGGCCAGCAAAACGAUACGGGUCUCCACGACUCCUGUCUCGCCAACUGCAACCACCGUUCAGCCACCAACAACUGACCCUACAACCCCAAGGCCAAGCACAGAAAUGCUUUUCAACACUAGAAAAAAAAAUACGUUUUUGAGCUCCAGAACAUCAAAUUCAAGCAAAAUAUCUACUGAUGGGCAAGCAUCAGUUUUUCCUCCAGAAAAAACCAACAUGGUCUCCAUGGUUUCUCAGCGGACGACUAAUGAUGCAUGGUCUUCAGAUAACAUCGAUGCAUCGAUUCCCUCCUCCGAGAAUGGUCAAGAGUCUCUGUGUAACUGCAGCAGUGAGGGGGCUCUAGACGUGGAUGACUGUGACAAGAAGACAGGUCAGUGUGUCUGCAUGUCAGGGUACACUGGGCUGCUGUGUGAGGACUGUGAGGAAGGACACUUCACCAAUGGCACCACUGGCUGCUUACCCUGUGGCUGUGACUCCUACGGAGCUGUCAACCACCUCUGUGACAGCUCAGGAAUGUGUGUGUGUAAGACGGGAGUGUACGGGCCCAAGUGUGACGAGUGCCACCCAGGCUUCUUCCGUUUCAGCAGCACGGGGUGCCAACCCUGCCAGUGCAAUAACCUUACUAACUACUGCCACCCACAAUCUGGCGUCUGUCUGAACUGCCAGGGCAACACUCAAGGACCCAACUGUGAGGAAUGCAUGCCCAGAUUCUACCGCAGCUCUGGUGCUGCCACCACCGAUGCCUGUGUCGCCUGCCCCUGCUCCAACACCACCUCCACUGGCACCUGUCACACCGACUCUGAUGGGUUCCCAGUGUGUGACCAGUGCCUGUCUGAGUACAGCGGUCAGCAGUGUGACCGGUGCAAGGCUGGCUUCUACAGUGCCAAUGGUGUGUGUGUCCCCUGCGACUGCAGUGGGAACGCAGACCCUACGGGGCCGGCCCAGCUCUGCCACCCUGACACUGGCCACUGCCUGAGCUGCACCGUCAACACCACGGGGCCUCAAUGCCAGCUCUGUGCCCCCGGCUUCACAGGGGACGCCCUUGCCCACAACUGCACCCGCCCAGCAGCACGGAUCGUUCUUACCCCAGAGCCUGCUACAACAACAGAGACCCCUAAAGCCACCACUACAACUUCUGCUCCAACCCCCAGCAGCAAGGGCCUGACUGCCACAGUGCCCACCAGUGCUCCCCCUUCCACCACUAACUCCAGCAUCCUACUGAGCAUAGCCACCACCCAGGCCCUGCUCACCAGCCUGGGCAGCCCCACAGUCAAUACCACGGCUGCUCUCACAGAGGUCUCCUGGACCCAGUUCAACAUCAUCGUCCUGGCUGUCAUCAUCCUAGUAGUGGUGCUGCUGCUGGGCUUCGUGGGAGGAGUGUACACCUACAGAGAGUACCAGAACCGCAAGCUCAACGCUCCUUUCUGGACCAUUGAGCUGAAGGAGGACAACAUCAGCUUCAGCAGUUACCAUGACAGCAUUCCCAACGCUGACGUGUCUGGCCUGCUGGAAGACGAGGCCAACGAGGUGGCGCCCAACGGCCAGCUGGCUCUCACCAACCAGGGCAACUGCUACAAGGCCUAGCCCACAGGGCAGACAGACAGCACACUGCGGACAGACUGGACACACACAGAGAGGCUUCCGGCCUGGCUGCCUGCUUCACAGGACAGAGACAUGAAGUGGAUAAAGACUUUCAAAGCUGCUGGACACCAAACCCAAAGCUCAAUGCGUAACUCGACUCCUUCUACCCAGCUCCUCUCUCCUUCUGUGCAGCAGAAGGACAUCAACAGACUGACAGAUGUUUGCAAAGAAAAAAGGAAUGGUAUGUUUCUGUUUGUCCUUACGUUUGGGCUCCAUUUCAGAUUUGAGUGAUUCACGUAAAAGAAGAAGUCGAUGAAGGGUCCAAAGAAGAGUAGACUUUUUCAAUUCAGUUGUGCCUGCAGAGGGCACAAUUGCAGAUGUGGAUGGUUGUGGUAAUGGGGAGUUUGCCCAUGCAAGAGUAGAGGACCAUGGGAGAAUCUCAAUUGCAAACUCCUCGUGUUCUCUCUCCUCGCCUCCUCCUCCAAACCGAUUGGAUGAGAGCGAAAGUCAGAGGACCCUCCCCUCUGUAGGAAGUGAGGAGAGAGGACACGAGGAGUGUGCAACUGAGAUUUUUCCCAUGUCUCUGUUGUAUGGCACACUGUUCUUAUGCAGCUCAAUGGACAUCAGACUACACUAGGAACGCUAGCAUUUCAGAACCUUUUAAAACUAACUAACAGUUUAACUUAUAACUUGAACAGAGAUCUAUGAUUGUUAUUCCAUUUAUUUUUUAUUCAUUUCUUAUUUAUUUCUUCUUUUUGGGAUAAAUGUUGCACAUGUAAGAUGUGCUUUUCAUGGUGUUUUAACUUGUGUGCUAUAUUGGAUGCAAAUUGAAAAGGGCAAAAUGUUUUCGUAUGUCUUUUUUUGUGAGUGAUAUUAGGAAAUGGAAAGGCUGCUGGCUUAAUGACAUCCUCUUUUGUUUUCAGUUGUAUCCUGUAUAAAGAACUUCCAGGUCCUUACCUUGAGUAUUAACGAGGGGUGUUUAGAUGAUAAAACAAACAUACAUUGUAUCCUCUCUCUACUCACUACUGUUCACUGCAGGGCAGUAGGUCCUAUUGUUCGUUAUGAUUAUCACUUUGACCUAUUUACUGAUGGUGUGCUAAUCUGCUGGUUUGAGAAAUGCCUACCUCAAUGGAAGUUGCUGAACAAAUUCUUGCAAACAAAAAGUAGUACUAGUCCAUUUAGGCUGGUUCAUUUAAGUAAUCCACUUCUAGGACACAAUGAUGCCAGCCACAAUUUCUUAUGUAAGUCUUAACAGUACAAAAUAGAAAGAGAUCUUGGUGAUGUGUUGCUGGCAGCAUCACCGUUAAUCCCGCUCAAGUGUUUUUAAUAAACUACAAUUGAUAUCCUGGAUUUGUUUCUGGUAAAAGUAUCAUGAGUGGGUUAAGCUAGUAAGGGAACUCACUCCUCAGGGAAUGCCUCUUUCCCCAGUGUGAUCGCUGUAAAUAAGAGUAGGACAUUGUACAGAUGAAUGUGAAUAGGAUCAUUAUUAUUGUACAGGUAGAGUGUAGUUUACGCUCAGAACAGUCAGUACCCUUACACUGAAAGACUCAAAUAUGGGCUCUGCACAGUCCACACAGGAAAUGAACUAUCAAUAGACCUACCCUCUGUGUUGUGUUGCAGGAUAUGCUACAUGCCAUCAUCCCUAACUACUGUUUUCAAUUAAAUAAUGAAUGGAAAAAACUGUAAAUAGUACAAACUGAAAAUAUCACACAAUGCUAAAUAAAAUUGGGUUUAUUGGUUAGUCUGUAA